AUGCAUGAAGUGGCUCAGAAGGGGUCGUUUUAUACUUGGGGUAAUAACAGAGCAAAUGAUGGCUAUGUGGAGGAGAGAUUAGACAAAAUCUUUGUGUCUUAUGAAUGGCUGACCAAUUUUCCUAAUAUGGAGGCAUCAAACUAUUAUAGAUCAGCCUCAGAUCAUAAUAUUCUGUUUUUUGACACUGAUAAAGAGAUUGACAGGAGACACAAAAGGUUUUCUUUCAGCAGCCAAUGGGCAAGUUUAGAAGGUGUGCAAGAUGCUGUGCAAGAGGGAUGGAAUGUGCAAGUAGAAGGUUCUUAUAUGUUCCAAGUGCACCAGAAAGUGAAGAGUACCAGAAUGGCUCUUCUUGCCUGGCACAAGCCUCAACACAGAAAUAGUGAAAGAAUCAUAUCCACCACCAAUGCAAAAAAUGGCCAAACCACUAGAAUAAAUGAGGUGAAUUGGGUGCCAGGGGUUAGCUGCAGGAAACCUGAACUGCGAGUUGAAGUUGAGGGGAACUUAUUCUGGGUGAAAGACUUGCUAAGUGCAGGAGGAAUGCAGUGGGAUCAUACAUUAGUCCGA